AUGACAACAGUAUCAGCUCAACUCACUAAUAUUUUGAAGCAUUUCUCAAAGCUGUCUACACCAUCACUUCAAAAGACAUUCGGCGCAACACGUGAUGUGUCAAAGACAAAGAGAGCAGAGUUGGUCACAUUGAUCAAGGCAUUGGUGUGCACCAACACCUACGUGUUCAUGAUGGACGACAUGAAGGGCUUUGACGGCGUCGUCGCCAAGGACCUGGGCGUGGCCGGCAAGGACGAGGUGAUUAAGCAUCUCGAGAGCAACGGUCUGACACAAACACUGGAGAUGAUGUCCGAUGCCAACAUCAAGAAGAUGUUUGGACAUCUCUCGCUCGAGAACGACGAUGAGGGAGGCGGUGACAUGUCGCGCGCCAUUCUCAUCGACAGAAUAGAGGAGGAGUGCUACCUGCAGGGCGCCAACCUGUUGAUCAACGGUCUCUCGGACGAUGUGUUUGAGGAGUACUGCAAGGACCUCAAGGUCGAGGAGGCAGAUACUCGCGCGGAGCAGUCAGAGAGGUUGAUAAAGGUCAUGUUCAAUCUGGACGAGGAUGACGAGGAGCAGGAGGCAGAGCCAGAGAAGCCUGCUGCCGCCACCAAGAAGAAGGCACCAGCCAAGCCAGCUGCCAAGGCUGCCCCCAAGGCUCCGGCAAAGCCUGCCGCCAAGGUCACCAAGAAGCCCGCUCCCGCAACAAAGAAGCCUGCCGCCGCUGCUGAGACCACCACAACGAAGCGCGCAAGAGUCACAACCAAGGGAGACUCAGUGGCCACCGCUGUGUCAUCGACCAGCAAGCGAGUAAGCAAGCCAGUUCAGAAGUAUGGUGGCGAGACCGAGAAUGGCAGCGCUGCCGCCGCGCCAAAGACCAAGGCAACCACAACAAAGACGAUGACAAAGGCAGCACCUGUCAAGAAGGCCACCACUACAACAAAGAAGAGAAAGGAGAUGGCUGAUGACGAGGAGGAGGAAGAGGAAGAGGAGGUGCACAGACCAACAGUCGACUUGGGUGGAUACAAGGACAAGGAUGGCAAGUUCGUCAACCCUCCCAUCAGCAAGAUCGUCAAGGGCAUGACCGUGCACGACCUCCACGACAACUACAACAUCGACGCUCUCUAUGAGUUCUGCAAGAAACACGACAUCUUGUACUCGCCCUACAAGAAGAAUGAUCUGUUAAAGGUCAUCGUCACCUUCCUGGAGACUGGCGUCAAGCCCUUGAGCAAGAAGGAAAAGCUGGCCAAUAAGAAGGCCUCGCAGGAGAGGGCAAAUGCCGCAGCCAAGGCCAAGAGGGAGGCAGCCGCAGCCGCCAAAGCAGCAGCCGCAGCUUCGUCGUAA